CUGACUUUUUUCUCAGAAUUCUGAGAUUAAAGUCAGAAUUCUGACUUUUUUCUCAGAAUUCUGACUUUAAUCUCAGAAUUUUGAGGUGGGCACCUGCAGGCUUCCAGCUUCAGUGACAGCGAUGUGUCCAGUUUGGCAGGUGGAGAACUAAUUCACUAAAUAUGGUGGAUAUAAGUGAUUUUUUGCGUGGCCGAGGGGUCCCCGAAGAUGCUAUUUUAUUAAUGGAAGAGCAGAAGAUUGACUGUGACGUCAUAGCACUGAUGGAUGACGCAACUUUGGCAAACUACAUUCCCUCGUAUGGAGACCGAAUUGCCCUCUUCAAUUUCUGCAAAAGCAAGCAACCACUGUCAAAAAGAAAACUAGGACUUCUGCAAAAAUUUCACCUCUCGAAGUGAGAGAAACAGUCGCUGACAUGUCAGAUUUGGAUGACUUAAUAAGACUGUAUUUCAGACUUUCCUUCAGUAACAAAGAAAUACUUUCAAUUUUAGCACAUAGUCAUCAGACAAUUAUGAGUGUUCGAACUCUAAAGAGAAUUUGUAAAAGACUUGGGCUUUUUAGAAGGAAGAAUCAAUCAAACUUGGAGGAAGUGCUAGCCUUUGUCCAACAACAGAUCAUGACAAAUGGACAGAUGCAAGGUUAUCGUUGGCUACAUCUUCGUGCAAUUCAACAUGGAUUUGUGGUGUCACAAGAUACUGUAAGAUGCAUAAUCAAAUUGGUUGACCCUCAAGGUGUGGAACUGAGACGAGCUCGACGGUUGAGAAGACGUCAGUACAGCUGCAGAGGGCCAAAUGCUCUCUGGCACAUGGAUGGCUAUGACAAGUUGAAACCAUAUGGUAUUGCUAUCAGUGGCUGCAUAGAUGGUUUUAGCCGCUAUGUUUUAUGGAUGGAGGCUUAUACCACAAACAAUGACCCUAAAUUGAUUGCAAGUUAUUUUCUGAAAACAGUUUCAUGCAUCAAUGGAUGUCCAGAGAGGUUACGUGCUGACCGAGGUACAGAAAAUGGUUGUGUCGAACAAAUGCAGAUGUUUUUACGGAGAAACCACACAGACAGUUUUGCAGGUGAGAAAAGUUUCCUUUACGGAAGAAGUACAGCCAACCAACGUAUAGAAGGAUGGUGGACUACCCUACGCAAACAGAGUGCACAAUUUUGGAUGAACUUAUUUCAAAGUUUUCAGGAUGAUGGCCACUUCACAGGGGAUUUUUUGGACAAAGGUCUUAUCCAGUUCUGCUUUCUCAAUCUUAUUCAGGAUGAACUUGAUGAAGUUGUGAACACAUGGAACUCACACAAAAUCCGGCCAAGUGGUAGUGCAGCAUCGGGUCGACCAGUAGUAAUGUACUCAUUUCCAGAGCUGCACAGUGCUGAGGACAGACUGAAACCUAUUUCUAUGGAGGAUAUCACUUUGUGUAUGGAAGAGUGUAGCCCAAAAGGUCAAUACCCCUGUGAUGAAACAGUCUUUGAACUGUGUUGUCUGCUUAUGGUAGAAAAUGAAUGGGAUGCCCCAGGAGAUCCACUUGGUGCUACAGAUCUGUAUAUUAGGUUAAGAGAAGAAAUACUGCAAAGUAUUUAAGAAACUUCAGUGUGUAAAUGUACAAAUAAAUACAAAAUAUUUCUCUUUAUCUUGAUAACGUGAUUUGAUAGUAGGUGCCAUGUCUUACAGGUACCUUUUAUGCAGGUAUUUCUGCACUGCAUUAAAUGAAAGACAUCUUUUAGGUGUGACCGAACAUGCCAUUUUUCAGGUCAUUCUGUCAGAAUAUUGCUGUUUAUUACUGCUGUAAUGUAAAUUCAGAGUGCUUAUAGGAGGUCAGCAUCAACUAGUAUCAUUUUAUGUUGAUCAUAAUAAUAAAUACAGUUUGGUUGGUAUCUCCCCCCCCCUCCCCCCCCAAGUUAGAUUUAUUUCUACAUUCACACUACCAAUAAACAGAAAUGUUUAUAUGUUGCUUGAAAAAGCUGAAUAUUGUGAUAUUAUCAAUCAGUUAUGAAACACAUGUUAAUCCUUUUAAAAGGCCAUACAUUAAACUGCAUUUACAAUUGUUAUAUUUUUGAUUGAAUCAUAAGUGUUGUAAACCUGCCUACCAGUAAAUUGCAAUAUAAAUUUCUGUGUUUUGUUGCCAGACAUGUGCAUAGUAUAUAAAAUAUAAACUGACCAGCUCCCUGUUCAUUGUUUUCUGUAUCAGCCUUUACUGUUAAUAUUCAUGGCUGGAAACCCAGGCACCAGCAUAUGAUAUGCUAAGUGCCCGGGUUAUCUGUGGUAUGUUUCAGCAAACCAUAGUAGCAUUAACAAUUCUAGGUCUUGACAACAGCAUGUUUCUAUAAACGUAUCAUUGUUAAUAUUUAAAGUCGUCAUGCCUUUUGGGGAGCUUUUAGUGCAAUUAUAUUAAAGCAAAGCUAUUAUAAUCAUUUACCCAUAUGAAGAUCCAUCACCUAAUUAUUAUUGUAUUUCACUUGUGUUAGUUGUAAGAUAUUUUAGCUGGUUUUCAUGUAAAAUGACCAUGAGUCAUUGCUAUACUGAUUCAGUGUGAGCUGUCGUAUACAAGGCUCUUUUAUGAUAUGAAUCCUAAAAUUAUAAGAAACAUACCAAAAAUAUUUUGACUUUUAUUUGUAGUAUCCCAGCAACAAUGCAACAAAACAGUUCCUACAAGUGGAAUCAAGUUAUUGUCCCAUUAAGUGCAACAUGUUUUACAUUUACAUUUGUGUAUCUUUAUGAAAUGUUUGAAAUUAAAAAUAAAUGGUAUUCUUCCAUGUUACUGA